AUGCCUUCUUUAUACCUCUGUUUGAGAUCGAAGGUCUCAACAUACUUCCAACCCAACGUCUCACCACACUUACUACACAUCACAUCUGCCACCACGUACGAUCCGGUUAGCAAUUUUCUCCCAAUCUUCGGUCCAACCACUACGUUCAUCGCGUGCGCAAACAUAAACGCUGGCCCCGAAGUUCCCUAA